CUCGUAUUUUUGCUUCCGACAAGGACGAAGGUCGAGUGGAACAGUAAAUUAUGUCGCCUUUUGAUCAAUAACAAAUCAGUAUUUCAAACCACUAUCGCUACCACAAUGCUUCGGUACUCCAUUAUCUUCGUUGCAUGUUCUUUCAUUCUGGGCACCCAUGCGUUCACCAGCAAUAGCUUUGCCGGACUACAGGCUAUCGCAGCCUCGCGAUCCUCGACAAUAGCAUCGCCCUUCUCGAAAAGAACAAAAAUUUUCUCCACCCCACCUGAAGGCGAAGACUUCCAGCAACAGCAAUUGGAUGCUUUUGAUGAUCCCUUGUCGGCAAACAAGCCAUCUACGCCUGAGGAAGGAAAUACCUCGUAUCCCAUUGAUCUGCCGUCUCCGAUUCUUUUGGCCUCUUCGAUGGUUUUGGCAAUUAUUGGUGUCGGUAAGCACAAUCAAAUCGCCUUGUCAAAUAUUCAUUCAUCGUGGCAUAGGUUUCGGAAUGAGUUGGAACUUUGAUUUUUUGCUCCCUUUCUCGUUCAAUUUGCACAUGAUUAAUUUGCGUUUUUUACCCUGACAUCUAAAAUCGAUUGUGAUGGAUCAUUGAAACGGUUCAAAUGAAACUUGUUGGUUCAUGGAAUAGGGAGUGGAUUUGAUAUUUUUGCAGAUGAACCCCGCUUUCCCCUCGCCGUCAACGCUGUUAUUUCUGCUGGUGGCCUAGCAGUCUGUCUCGGCUUGUUUUAUGCCAGCAUCCUCAAGGCUCAAGCCGAGACCGAAGAGGACGACAAGAAAUACAUGAGCGGGCGAUAAAAAUGUUUCUCGACGAAUCCCUUGCUAUUCCUCCUUUCGGUGGAAAUUGUGUGAAUGCUAUAGCUCCUACCCAACGUGUUUGCUGAUCCGGUCACAAUUUGAAUUUGUGUCGAUGGAAGCAACAGCAACCAAUAAAACUAGUAGUUAUGUUUGCCAAGCGCUCUGUUGACUGGGACUCUGAGAUCCUAUAUAG